GCUUUUGUCAUUGGUCAGACCGCCGCUGACAAAAAGUGGGACGUUCCCGGAAAAAUCGCUAACCGGAAGGAAAGGCCAGAGCCUCAGAAGACGAAGACAGACGCCGCCGAUGAGACCAGCGAAAGGAGAAAAAGUAUUCUCCCACUGGUGAGGACUUCUCUUCCUCUGGCUCAUCUAGCUGCCUGGACUGAACUUACCCCCUCCCUCCCCCCCACCCCCACCCCCCCAUCUAGCUCAGCCUCACCAGCCCCUGCACCAAGCCCGAAGCCAACCAGACUUCCUCCCUCUUCCCCCGGCUUCCUCAUCUUUCUCCCGAUUUUCAACACAGCGCCAUGGCAGGGCGAGGCGGACCAGCACGGACCAACGGCACUGCAGCGAGCAACAAGAUCUGCCAGUUUAAGCUAGUGCUGUUGGGGGAAUCGGCGGUGGGAAAGUCCAGCUUGGUGCUGCGCUUCGUUAAAGGCCAGUUCCACGAGUACCAGGAGAGCACCAUCGGAGCUGCCUUCCUCACACAGACGGUAUGUUUAGAUGAUACGACGGUCAAGUUUGAGAUCUGGGACACUGCAGGACAGGAACGGUAUCACAGCUUGGCACCCAUGUACUACAGGGGAGCCCAGGCCGCCAUCGUGGUCUACGAUAUCACCAACACAGACACAUUCACACGUGCUAAGAACUGGGUGAAGGAGCUCCAGCGACAAGCCAGCCCGAAUAUUGUUAUUGCACUGGCAGGAAACAAAGCGGACCUGGCCAACAAGAGAGCCAUAGAUUUCCAGGAAGCACAAGCCUAUGCAGAUGACAACAGUUUGCUCUUCAUGGAGACUUCAGCCAAGACGGCUAUGAAUGUCAACGAGAUUUUUAUGGCUAUCGCCAAAAAGCUCCCCAAGAACGAGCCUCAGGGCGGAGCGGCCGCCGGUGGACGGACCAGAGGCGGCGUGGACCUGCAGGAAGCUGCGCCGCAGGGCCGCAGCGGCCAGUGCUGCGGGGGCGGGAACUAACCAACACGACGAGACAGCUGAUCCAACCAAUGUACAGCCUCGAUCAACCAGACCAGAUAUUAGCCAGCUGUCAAACAAUGCCCCAUCGGUCAACCCGAACCACGGUCGGACCAACCACCCUAUGAGCAACACUGCACCAAUUAACCGUUUGGCAAGAGAGUCCACCGGCCAGUAAACCGCCAGCCCCCUCUGGCGUUGAAUCAAGAAAUCUACCCACAGGCUCAUUUACAGAAUCAUGUUUUAGACCCAGGACUUGCCAAUCUAUGACCUCUCUACUGAUGAUGAUGGACACUUGACGUCACCUUAGCGGGGGGUGGGGGGGGGGAGGGAACCAUUCAUGGAAGAAGGAAAAAAAAAAAAAAAACGUCAUACCAAUGGCCACCUAACAGGGCCUUCUGGCUCACCUCUCCUUUCUGUAUUUGUGUCGAGGAAAUGAAAUGAAAGCAACAGGAAGGACUGAGACGGGCUCAUUGGCCUUGUCCUCUCGUCUUCUGACUCCUGCUCUCCCAUGCGCCAUGCGUUUCUCUAGUAUUUCCAUCACUGUUAACACUCCAGGCGCAUGCAGCAGUCCUACUUUUCUGUCUUCUCCUGGAAAAGAGGGAGACGAGGUUUAUAACGGGAAUGGAGAGAUAUUUCCUUCUUUGUAGAGCUGUGUAGAUUGAAUUAUUACUUUAUGUUAUCACUAUUAUUAUUACUUCAACUUCUUUUGAUGGGCUGUUGGGUGUGAUUUUAAAGCCUUUAGGUUUCACAAUCAUCCAUCUAUGUUAUCAAACCAUAUACCGUAAAACAGUACUUUAUUAAAAUGGUCACCCAUAAGUAAAUUUAGCAUUAAUGUAUUGUUUUUGAAUCAUCUGUGUACAAUGACAAAUACAUACAGCAAAAUGUGUUUGCUUGACCAAAACCACAGCUGUGUAUUGACAAAUUGCUGUAAUUGUAUCAGACUUUUCAAGUUUAUAAUUAGUCAGUAGUUGUCAAAAACAUAUCUUCCCAAUCUCUACAUAAUGUUUUGUCAACCUUACUUAUUUUGUGAUGGAUUUGUUUUCAUGUCUUAAUUUUUUUUCUCUGAAGAUCUAUGGUAUUAAAUGCACUGGUUCUGUCAUCAACUUUGUGAAUUAAGGUGUUCUCGUCAGCUUCCGUUUCUCUCACUCUUUAUUUUUACUCUUUAUAUCAGAGAGGGACUGAUUUCAACUGUAAUGUCAUCCUGUUAUGGCAUCUACAACUAGCACAACCAGACCUGCGCAUCAGCCACUGUUGGUGGUGGGUUCAUGGGUAG